CUCGUUUUGAAAGCAUUCAUCAGUCAUCUCGCCAUGGACGGUGAUGUAUACUAAGCUCAAGUUGUGUCGUAUUAUUAUUCCAUCGUGACAAUAUUCAUAUAAAACGCUAUAUUUUUGAGGAUAACUAUCAACAUUAUUGCAAGUUCACCGACCCGUGUACAAUGAAGGGUCAAUCAUCAAGAGUAUUGCUGUUGCUCGCGUUCUUGUUUGCUGAUUUGUCUGGCGGCGAAUCGUGCUACGAACCAACCGACCAGGAUCCAUACCUUUAUUUUUCGCACAAGACGGCCUAUCAACUGAUAUUUAAUUCAAAAUUCAAACCGGUGCCUUAUUGUCGCCCGACAUUUGUAUGGAUGUUUAUCAGGCCUGGUACCAGUUAUCCAAAUACUAACGAAUCCAUCGCAAUUCGUCAGUUGCAUCAAUUCAAAGAAAGGGUGAUAAAAAAUCACGAAGAACGUAGAAAUGGACAUUUGUGUAAACACGUAUUAGACAGUCUAAAACGUUGGGAAUUUGAAGUGAAUCCAACUUCAGAAGAUGAUAUUUCACCCCAGGGUAGGAUGGACAUGCAGCUACUCGCAAAAAGGAUGAAAGACAAAAUGAGUGAAGUUUUAGUAAAAGAGAUCAACCAAAAUACGUUCAAAAUUUAUGCCAAUGAAGACCGAAAAGUUAUGAAUAGUGCCGAGGAAUUUUCUAAAACUAUGUUUGGRGACGAUUUCAGGUUUAAAGUUCCUAUCGAAAAAAUCCAAAAAAAUUCUAGUUUUAUCGGGUCAGAGUCUUGUCCUAAGUGGACUGAUGCAGUUCACARUUCUGAAGCUUCGCUGUUUCGUAAAUCACCGGAAUAUUUGGAAAUGGUGAGCCAAAUGAGUAAAAGACUGGGUUUUCUAGAAAACAUAACUGACAGUAUAAUUCACGCGAUGUACGAAUCGUGCCGAUACAAUAAAGCGCUCGUGAUCGAAUCUUACCCAGCAUGGUGUGGCCUGUUCACUAGACAAGAGUUACAGCUUUUAGAAUAUUACGAAGAUUUGGACUAUUACUAUAAAUACGGUUACGGUUCUGAAAUAAACACAAAGGUGGGAUGUCCGAUCGCCAGAGAGCUAAUGGGAUAUUUGAAUGCUGUAGCAAAAAACGAUUCCGUAAGACCUUCGGCAGUAUUUAGGUUUGGUUCUUCAGCCGGGUUGUUGACUACAUUAUUGGCUUUGGGCGUAGCAAAAGAUACGAUUCCUUUGACCCAUUCCAAUUACCAUGCUCAGUAUCGUCGUCAAUGGAGAAUGUCACAAGUAGACCCAUUUUCCAGUAAUUUUGCCGCUGUAUUUUACAAGUGUGAUCAAGGUGACGAAGAGAACAAAGUAAUGUUCUACUUGAACGAGGGCGUGUACGAUUACCCGGGUUGCAACGUCGGUUUAUGCUCUUGGAAAUUCGUCGAGAACAAAUUCAAAGACUAUCUGACACCAAAUGGCUGCAAUGACGAGGUGUGUCACGACCGAAGUCAAGCGUCGGGUGUUCGUUGCGCCGUUUUGGUCACCGCACUGAUUCCAAUCGUACUUACGUACUUGCACGUUUGAAUAAUAAUAUACCUACGAAUAUGACGUUUUUCGUUUGGCUGUGUCAUAAAUUAUAUAAUUUUUACAUUAAUAUUAUUAUAUUUUAUUAGUUAAUAUUUAAAUAGACGAAAAUGAUUAUUACAUUUUCAUAGCAUAUUUUAUUCUCGUGUAACGUUAUUACGAAGUCCCGUGAAUUGUCAUAACUAUGAUAUAAUAUUUUAAAAUUAUUGUUUAAACUACUCGUGUAAACGUUUCUCAGAACACAAAAGAACAACACUCCCAUCCGGCUAAAUCCAACCAGUCAUUAUCAUGUAAAUUACAACACUGGUAGACUGGUACGUUACACUUUUUUGUUCUGUCUAUGGCUCAAACUGAAAGUCACAUUAAUAAUAUACCAACCAUUUGUUACUAAGUAAAUUUUCUUAACUUUAUCACUAUUUCUUAUUAUUUUUUUAUUUUUUUACGAAAUAUUAUCAGUGUUAAAAUAAACAUUAAAUAUAUAUAGAUAUUGCAUGUUUGCAAAACAUGAUAUUAGUAACAUCGUAUUACAAACAGUAAAAUUAUUUAAUUCACGUACAAGCUGAUCAUAUUUCUAUUUUAUUAACCAUGAAGUAACUAUGAAGUGCCUAGAUUGAAUCAUUGUAAAAAUAUUAAAACUUCCCACACUGUGGUUACACAAAUGUCAAGUAUAAAUUAUAUCAAUAUUUAGUAUUUAGCAAAAAAAAUACAUAAACCUCACUGUAUCCUACUUAUAUAUUUUUAAAAUGACUGGUUUUAUCAUCCUACGUUUGAAUCGUUUGAUCUCACAAACGGCAUAUAGGUACGCUGGUUUAAGUUGAAWCCUGAUUUUAUUGUAGUUAUGAUACAUUAAUUAUAAUAUGUACCUAUUGUACUUAAGUACGAUAGUAUACAUUCUAAUGAUAAUUGUUUUGUUCAAAUAAAUAUAUUAUACAAAAAAUAAACGUAU